AUGCCAUCCUUGUUCUUGAGGACCACAAAGAACCUGGUGAGAGAGCUGGGCAGGAAGGGCGAGCUGGUGCCCGUGGACAGCCUGAACAGCUCGCCUCGCCUGCGCCCCUUCUGCCUGUUGAGGAAGAAGCACAAGCGUUACCUCUGGCCUUGGGACACCCCGCUCAUCCCCACAGACUUCUCCCUCCUGGACGUGCUGGAGCCGGGCUGCCCUAACCCAGAGGUGAGCCACAGCAGCCCUAUCAACGUCUGGGAGAAGGUGGCAGGAGGGCUAACAGGGGCUGUGAGCCUGAGCACUGGGCUUCAGGGCCAGGUGAGCGGAAACAGCAAGACCACCUGCAUCUCUGCCUUGACUGUGCAGACACUCUGGGUUCCCCCUUGCACCUGGGAGACGCUGCUUGAGAAGAGGAAACUGAGGUCGCCUAGACCCUCCUUCCUCCAGGAACUACAGAGCCGGAAGGAGAGGGAGAACCUGUACGUGGUGACAGAGGCUGUGGAGACACUGGAAGAAGCCGUACUUCAGAGCCAGGGCCAAAUGCUAGGAGCUGGGCAGCUGUCCCUCCUACAGCUGGGCCAUGUUCAGGUCCAGAUUCAGAGCCACAUGGACACAGAGAAAGCGGUGAGCAUCCCACAGGGCAGUAUACUGGCCUACAGAGCUCUGCAGCUGGUGGUGGAGGAAGAUGGCUGGGCUGUCCUUCACUUCCCUGAGAGAAAGCUCUGCGGGGACACCCGGAGAGGCUUAGCCUUCAUCCAGGAUUCAGAGGAGGAGUCUAACUUCCAGAGCUUGCAGGACCAAGCGCAUGGCCAGUUGCAGGACCUGGCCACACUGUCCUCAGAGCUACGGGACACAUUGCUGGGUGCCCUCCAGGAGCUGCUGCAAGACCGCCAGGCACUCCAGGAGCUGGAGGACACGCUGGAACAGGCUCUGGACGCUGGGUUGCUGGCACAGCUAGGGGGCCCUGGGGGCUUUGUCUUAAGCAUCCUCCAAGACUCCACAGGCAACUUGUCACGGUCGAGCGGCAGGGCUAUCCUCUACAUUCUGGGAGCCCUAGCAGCACUGAAUGAACCCCAGCAUUGCCUGUUGGCCCAGUCCAUAGAGAGACGAAUCCUAGCUGAGGAACUGGAACUGAAAGAACUUCCAAAAAUUAUGUGUGGCAUGCUUCCAAGAGUGCUGUUAUUGUAUGGUGCAGGGUAAAUGAGGCCACACGGAGAAGCAGCUCUCCAGAGUAACACAGGACUUAGACAGGCUGUCCUGCCUUACAUUUCCUGCAGCUAUGCUCCCCUCCCACCUCCCCUGCCACCAUAUCGUGACAAAUGGGAUUUGUCAAUGGCAUUAGGGCCCACCCUAAUGCAGGAUGAUGUCAUCCACAGAUCCUUACAUUCACCUGAAAAGGCCCUUCUUCCAAACUGA